UCUAUUCAAGAUAAUUCACAAAUCACACUCCACUGAGGGGGCUCUAGCCAUUUCAAUAAGCUAUAAUUAGUGUGUAAACUCAUUCCAUUAAGCUAAGAACUAAAAACCCACUAAGAAUAAUGCCUAAAAAUCAUAAAGAUAGUGAUGAUGAAAAUAAUUCUACUGGACAGAAUCAAGAUAAAGAGAGCGCAAGCAGUGAAUCUGAAAAACCAGUGAACCGUGAUGAUCUCUUGAGAAAAGAACUUGGUGAAUUUGGCUGGUUUCAGUUGCGAUACCUUUUGAUCAUAACAAUACCAAUCAUGUUAAAUGCCGCUAGAAACGAUUUCAUUCUGGCCACAGCAGCAAUACCACACAGGUGUCGAAUUCCAGAAUGUGGUGAAAAUAGCAAAUUGCUUACUUACAAUCCUGAUUGGAUCUUGAACGCUGUGCCGGAGACAAAAUCAGGCUUCUCGAGCUGUAACAGAUAUGCUUCUAUUGAUUUCGGAACCAACGGUUCCUUGGACUACUGUCCUGCCAGUCUAUUUGACCAGACAACCGUCGUUAGUUGCAAGGACUUUGUCUAUGCAAAUGAUCAUAGUGUAGUAUACGAUUUUGAUCUUGGAUGCAAUGAAUGGCUUCGCGCUUUAGCAGGCACAGUAGGCAAUAUCGGCUUGUUGCUGGGAUUGCCUCUAACGGGAUACAUCUCAGAUCGUUUUGGCCGCAAGGUUGCUUUAGUGUGCAAUAUAUUCUUAAUGGGCCUUGUUGGAGUGAUCAGAGCUUUUUCUACUAAUUACCCCAUGUACAUGAUAUUGCAACUGAUUCAGGCUAUAUUCGGAUCAAGUAUUUAUCCCACAGCUUAUGUUUUAGCCACAGAACUUAUUGGACCAAAAUAUCGCUACGUCAGUAUAGCAUUUUCGUCAAUAUACGCACUGGGGCAAGUAUUGAUGGGCGGAGUGUUCUGGCUUAUUGGUUCUUGGCGAUAUGCUAAUCUGUCUCUGUACAUUCCUUGCUUACUCAUGUUUGUUUAUUAUUGGCUUUUGUCUGAAAGUAUUCGCUGGCUCCUCGUUAAGGGAAGGUACGCUGAAGCGAGGAAGAUAAUAGAAACUGCAGCAAGAUUAAAUAAAAAAUCAAUCAGUGAUAAAUCUAUGGAAGCUUUAUUGAAACCUCAACAACACCCUCUUCCUCGUUCAGGGAUGAAGCAAGCUGGUGUUAUUCGAACGGUGAUACGCUCUCCUAUUUUAUUGAUACGUGGAUUUACCACUUCAGUGUGGUUUGUCGCGGGAACAUUUAUCUACUACGGACUAUCCAUCAAUUCAACCGGACUGUCAGAUACUAUGUACCUAAACUACAUGUUGACUAGUGCUAUGGCGAUCCCUGGAUGUUUCGUUGGAGGUUUUUUACUCACUAAGGUUGGCAGAAAAGCCUCACUGUCAUCGGGGUUUAUCCUUUGUGGUUUAUGCAACAUAUUGUUCGUCGUGGUACCCUCUGACAUGUUCACAUUACGGCUAAUAAGUUACUUACUUGGAAAGAUGGCGGUGACGAUAGCUAUGGCUUCGCUCUACCUCUACACAUCGGAGCUGUACCCCACGGAGUAUCGACACACUUUUCUGGCGUUUUCGUCAACCGUGGGGCGUCUUGGCGGCAUUGCUGCUCCACUGACGCCACCACUUACACAAUACUGGCACGGCCUCCCUUCAGUGAUGUUUGGUGCUAUGGGCUUCCUCGCUGGUGCCAUGGUGCUCACACAACCUGAGACUCUAGGCGCUAAGCUCCCUGAUACGUUAGCUGAGGCAGAAAUGCUAGGGAAACCAAAUAACAGACAGAAUUCUGAAAUGGAGCAUUGAAUCAGAGGUCUUACAAAAGCUUCAAUUGGUGUCGACGCUGAAUUAUUUACAUUUUAAUUAUUUUUGACACGCUGAAAUGUUAACGGUUGUUGUCUUUCAGUAAAAUUAAAAGUUAUAGGAAUUAAAAAUUGGCAGAUUGAUAAUUUUGAACAUUCAUAAAAAGUAAACUUUAGUGUUUGUAUAAGUACUCGAAUAAACUUAUUGGCGAGAUCUAUCCGAAUCCGCCUAUUAAUAGUUUCGUGCGAAUUAAAAUUUUAUUUUUUA